AUGCUCAUAGUAAAAAAUGAAAGUACAUCAUUUCAGUCUGAAUUAGAUUCAGAUAAUUCUGAUAUUAUAAAAACAGAAUCAUUAGCAAACGAUAGUUAUUUUAUGGAUUAUGAGCUAUCUCAAGAA